AAGUCAAACAGAAUAACUAAUAUUGAGAUAAAUAAUUUUUUCACUAGUUUAUCUUUAACAAAAUCAAUUGAUGUAGUAUAUAUAGAAUUCAGCUCUAAACUUCGCGCCAGUCUGCUCCAAUUAGCUCCCGAAAACUGAGCUAUGGAAGAGGAAGGCUCAGCUACCCCUAGGGCUUAUCUUCAGGAAAAUGAAGAUUCUGAUCAGAGUAUUACAGAAGAGGAAGAAGAUAUGGAUGAUAAAUGGAUGACUAAUGACAAUUGUCUUAGUGGAUCCUUAGGAAACAAGCGAGGUAUAGGAGUCCUUUCCCAGCUUGAACUGCUCAAAGGUAUUCCCAGUGACACUUCUCCACUUGAAUUUUCAUUCUCUUCAUCAACGGCUCCCUCCCCCAAAGGACUUCAUCAUUCAACCGACGCAAUGGAUUCUCAUCAGAUGUUCUGGUUGCAUUCUUGUCAGCAGAGGCAGACAGGCUUAUGCAAAGAAGAUGACGUUGAAGUUCCUUUUUUUAAGAGUCAGGAUGGUGGCUUCAUCAACAAGAAUGAUCAUUGGAUGGCGUUGUCCUGCUACUUAGAUGAUGAAUUUUGUCACGUCACUAGAAUGACAUCCACUUGUAAUUCAGAAGAGGAAAUUAUCUCUGAUGAUGAGAUGAGACCUUCUCCCGAUGGAAAUUUAAAAAGAGAUGGUAAAAGUACAAUGCCUAAAGUAAGUUCAGAUUGCAAAUCAGGAAUUUUCUUCAAUAAAGAUGCUGGGUGUUCAUCGUUGUAUUGUGCCACAUCAAAAUCGAAUAGAUCAUCUAAAGGACGCUCCGGCAAAGCUAAGCCCAAAUUUUUGUUCCAGUCCCAGCCACAGAAGAAAGAUUUUGCUUUGGUUGUCCAUGAGAGUUGUGAAUCCAGCACACCCUUAUCGGUUCUUCCCCUAAAUGCAGAAUUAGACAUGCAAAGAGAAAAUAUAGAAUCACUGGAUGACUUAUUGGAGAAUCAUGGUGGAAAUGAAGUACAACAGUUCGAGGAGAAUUCGGUCCCAUCUGAAGUAGCAGUUGUACAUGAUCCAAAUGAGCAUUCCAUGGCUGAGGUUCUGGAUCACUUUCAGCAUACAAGUUCUGUAUCACGAGGCAAUUCUAAAAUGCUGCAAACAAAAAGACAAGGAUCACGGUUCUUACAGAAGAGAAACUUAUUGCUGCUUGGUGACAGAAACAUGAGCAACGACGAUCAACCUGAGGAACUAGAUAGUGAUCCAUCUAGUGAUGAGAAUAAAGUUCCCCAGAUUCUGAAGUCUGCUAUACCUCAGAGGACCAUGGCUGAGAAAUUUCAUCUAGCAUUAGGAGCUGUAUCUACAAAUGAGAGGCUAUCUAUUGCAAGGCCUAAGCAAUUGGGGUUAUCUGGAAGGUUGCAGCACGUGAUGCAAUGUGAAAAGGACAGAGAUACAUACUUCUUGGAGAAGUCACAAACACGUGAUUCUUCAAGUGGUAAAAUGCCAAACUGUGUAUCUCCCGUCCUCUUGCCUGUUCUGACCUUCUCCUCUGCUGUUAAUUCAGAUGCAGAAAGCUUCAUUGACGUGAGAAUUUUGUCAAGUUCUUUGGAGGCCAAGCUGACUGUCUGUUUUUGUGCUGUACGUGGAGAUGAAGAGGGUUCUGAGUGCCUGAGCAAUCUUCAAAAAGGGAAGGGGAUUGCUGGAAGGAAGUUAACUAUAAUUUUUAACUCAAGAAUCUGUAAAGAUGUCGAACUUGAAACUGGGAACGUUAUCCGCAUACAUCAACCUUGGAAGGAGAUACACGUGAAUGAGAAGGAUGAGGCCAUCAUUUUGUGUGCAUAUUUCUCUCAAAUUUAGUCUUUGGAUCACAUUUUAAACCAAGGCUUCCAAAUGGUGCCGGACAAUGCAGCUCUAGCAGAGAAUGAAGACAAACUCGGAAGGAUUCUUGAACUUAUACUAGGUGACACUGAGGGAAUGAAAAAUACUUGACAGGAGAUAGUUUCACCGGGGCAGAUUUGCACCAUGUCCCAAUUAUACACUAUUUAAUGGGAACUAAAUCCAAGGAUGUGUUUAAUGCUUGUCCUCAUGUAAGAGCUUGGUGUGCAGAUAUCUGGGGUAGACCAGCUUGGUCAAGUAAGUUUGGCCUGUGAUUAACACUACAGAUAUUCUACUAUCUAAUUUCUAAUUUAGGAGCAAUAAGCAAGCAGCACGCCAAUAUUCCUCUUUGCAUUUGGAGGGCAUUCUGGCUUAAUUUUGUGCAUUGUUCUGUUGGCCUCAGUGGUUUAUUGUGGACUCCCAAUGGCGAAAAAACCAGGAAUCUGGAAGUGAUACUUCCCAGAAUAUGAUUUUUCUUUUUUUAAUCAAUGGAGGAACAAUAUUGAUGAAUAGCCUGAUUAGGGGCAAUUGACUUCCUCCCUCCCUCCAUUACUUUAUUUAAGUGGGAAGAGAAAGACAUUCAUGUUUUUAUGAUCUGAACAAAACGAAUGAUACGUUACAUUACAUUACAUUUUUUCGAGCUUCAACUA